AUGUCUCUCAGGGAAACUAUUUAUAGUCUGAUUCAGGAGGGUGAAGAUGAACCCUCACAGCUCCAUCAUUCCACUGUUGACUUUGGUGUGUUGUUCAUCAUGCUUUCGGUCCGUACCACUGCUGCGAAUGAGAGAAACGAUCCCCCAGCCGAUCAUGGCACACUUGUCACCCUUAUGGGUCCUGCACAUGAAACCACCCGUUUCUUUUACCCCAAUGAGCGGGCAGAAAAGGCGUUUAUUGAGGAAACUGAUGGCAAGUCUGCGACAUCGGAAACCCGGUGGAGAUUGGACCACAAAGGCGGGCCCAUCGAGUGUCAACUCUUCUGCACUGUGAUGUUGACUCACACUUUGACCGGUAGACCAACCCAUGUGACAGCAUCCACAUAUGGGAGUAUCCAGAUAAGCGGAUCUCCUAUUUCGGGCAACCAGGUCCUCGAUGAACCACCAAACGACUGGGCAGAUGUUGAUACUGAACUUGAAAACGAGGAGGAGUUGCGGAGCGCUGUGAGGAAUGCGGUAGCUGAGGACCCAUCGCAAGCCCCUGUUGGUCUGAUUGACACAGGGAUGGUCAUUGAGCCAGAAAUCUCUUUAGCCUCUGCGCACGGCGGCAAAGCCUCAUUUUUGUUGCCGGAAUGUCCUGGUACCAAUGCCAGUCUCCUGAGCGAGGACGAGUAUUGGAGAUAUGAAGGCACUUCCCCUGGGCCAGUAUGGUCGGUAGAGCCGCAGCGUUAUCAACAACUCAUUGGUGAACUUUCGGCUGGAAUUCAAUCUAAAUUUGAACAGAGUACAGGUAAUAGGCGCGUGUAUAAUAUUAAAGCUAUGAUCGAUUUCCCACCACCCUCGGACACAACGAGUAGCGCAGAAGAAGGCUCCAUUCCCUACAUCACGGAUCUAACACUGGUCGAGAGAACCAUAUUUCAUCAGCUGGCGGAGGUGCUUCUUGUAGUUCACUACCAUAUUGAUCGACCCUCAUUCCAGACUUCUGUGGAGAGUUUGAAAAUCCUGCUGGAGAGUUCUGAAGCUGUAGGCAGCCCUGAAUCACGUCGGUACAGAUCAAGCUAUGAAGCCAUGGCCCAGCAAACAGGCAGGGCGCAUGAUCCAUGUGUCAUACCACUUGAAGUAGAACGAUUCGAGCACCUCAUCACGAUUAUGAAUGCGGCUCCAAUCAGUCGAAAGCAGAAACCGAACCUGCCAUUCUUCAAGAAAACAACGCCUGAAGAGUACCCUCUGGAAGUGAGGACAACACCUACUGAUACUGUGCCCAGAAUUGACAAAGUGGUUGCUACAGCCACCAGGACGAGUACUGAUACCAACAGACCUUACCUUCGAUGCUUAUCCGCUGCAAACGAUGAUUGGUGGUACCGAUAUGUCGUGGCAGAAACCCUCCAUGGCGCCCAUGUACGUGUUGCAGAAGUUAACACUACUAUCAAUUUGAUUCGAGAAGAUAUUACCCCCAUUGACCGCCCUGCAGCUACCCACUUUCACCCUGUGAUCCUUCAGUUGUCAAAGAAUGAAUUCAAGUCGGAAGGUCACUCAGCAAAUGUUACACGAUUCCUGACGGACUACCGACCAUUCCGUACAGAGCUUAGCAAGGUCACACCAUGCCCCUCCAUUGCCGUUACCACAUACAUUACUUUUGAAGAUCAAACCAUCAUGGCUAGUAAAAAAAAAGACUUGAAAUCUGCCAUUUCUGACAUGUUUUGGCAGAUUGGGCAAGGUCACUCAGUGGCUUUCGAGUCUCUUUGCCCCAAAUCGGCCUCUAACAGACAGGCCACAAUUGAAGCAUUGUUCUUGGACGUGGACUUGAAACCUUUGAAAGUGCCUUACAUGGAAUUGAAUAGAAGUGCAUUGAGGAGAGAGUGGAUGUUACACCAACACUUGACAAAGGUGACAGUGUUAGCGCCUGAGCCUGCUCAUCACAGGAGCAAACACCAACAGGGAAUGAUGGGGUCGUCAAUGCUGCUUGAUAUGAGUGCAACCUCUCGGGGUGCGGACAUUCUUGUACGGUAG